AUGGGUGUGGAUCAACAUGCUCAAUUGGAUGCCUUUGGGCUGAUCUUCCCAUUACCGCUACGCAUAGCUGCCCUCUUGGUUGCUGGUUUUUGGGGAUGGGGUAUGAACCUUCAAUACCUGGCAAAGGCCAACAUUGAUGUCCCUGCGCUCAUAAAAUACCCGGCCCGCACGAAUCCCUCGCAUCGUCCGCACCAUGCCGCCGUCUAUCGCCUGGCGACAUGCUUCAGCAUCCCACUUGCUCUAUGGUUCAUCGUCUUUUGGCUAGUAACCAAGCGAUCUCCUGAUUUGGUGGAGGGAUUGGACUGGCUCCCACAAUCGGUGUUCAUUAUUCUCCUCAUUAUUCUAAUCUGGCCUUUCAAUCGCGCUUCCCGUUCCGGGCGAAUCCGAUUUCUCAUCACCUUCGCGCGAAUCCUCGUCGGUGGGCUGGCCGAGUCCCAGGAUGGCAAGUUUGGUGACAUUCUGCUGGCAGAUGCUCUUACUAGCUAUGCUAAGGUGAUUGGGGAUCUGUAUGUCAGCUUCUGCAUGUUCUUCACCGACGGUCUCGCUGCGACUUCCAAACCCAGCCGGGCCUGUGGACAUGAAAUCGUUGUUCCGAUCAUUAUCGCUGUUCCUAGCUUGAUCCGUCUUCGCCAGUGCUUAACCGAGUACGUACGUGCGCGGCGGACAGCUACGCGCAGAGAGUUGCAUAGAGGAAAUCAGCACUUAGCCAACGCUCUCAAGUAUGCAAGUGCUCUCCCUGUGGUUUGGAUGUCCUGGAAAAUGCGCAACUAUAAUCCAUUGGAACUUCGCGGAUAUAGCGAGGUCAGCAUGAGGCGCCUUCUAUUUAUCGUCUCUUUGAUUAACUCUGCCUACACUUUCUGGUGGGAUGUCGUCAAGGAUUGGGAUAUGACUCUGUUCUCGCCCCAGCGCCACGAUAAAAGCCACCCGUAUGGGCUCCGCCGGCAUCGCUGUUUCUCAUCUGACAAGAUAUAUCACUACGUCAUCAUCGCAGAUCUGGCACUGCGUUUCUCAUGGCUGUGGCGAAUUUUACCAGGCCUCGGCUGGGUUGCAGAAAAAGAGAGCGGAGUGUGGAUGCUCAUGUUCCUCGAAAUUGUACGCCGCUGGAUGUGGGUUUUCUUCCGGACCGAAGCCGAAUGGAUUCGGAACACCCAAGGCCCUGGUCCAGAUGACGUUCUCCUCGGCGAAUACAACCACAAACUCGUCGCGGACUAA